AUGAAUCUGGUCAAUAAAACUGUUGUAUUUGAAUUCAUUCUUCUGGGAUUUCAUACCAUUCAUUCAGUUGAGAUUGUGAUCUUCAUUGUUUUCUUCUUUGCAUAUGCAUUAACCAUUGCAGGAAAUGUCACAUUAAUCAUAUUAGUGGUAGUCAAUCACCAUCUUCAGUUGCCCAUGUAUUUUUUUUUGGCUAAUCUCUCAUUUCUUGAACUCAUGAUCACAUCAACUGUAGUGCCUAAAAUGCUAAUAAAUAUGAUCACAGGGAAGAAGACAAUUUCCUUUGUGGGGUGUCUUACCCAAUCGUUCUUCUAUUUUCUGAUGGGAUCGACUGAAUUUUUCAUAUUGGCUGUCAUGUCCAUAGACCGUUAUCUUGCAAUUUGUUACCCAUUGCGCUAUGCUUUGAUUAUGAACAAUAAGACUUGUUUCCAGUUUUUAUUGGGGACAUGGGUUGGUGGUUUCAUGAUUAUUUUAAUUCCCAGCAUUGUGACAGCUGGAUUACCAUUCUGUGGCCCAAAUAUUGUUAAUCACUUCUUCUGUGACAGUGCACCUUUACUCAAACUGGUCUGCAGUGACACAUUGUUGGCUGAAAAUAUUGAUUUUGGGACUUCUUGUAUAUUACUCUUGGGAUCACUUUUUGUAACCACUGUAUCUUAUAUGUAUAUUAUUAUUGCUGUACUGAGAAUACCUUCAGCACAAGGUCGUCAGAAAGCCUUCUCAACCUGUGUAUCUCACAUUACUGUGGUAACUCUAUAUUAUGGGAGUUCUAUCUUUAUUUAUGUCCGCCCAACCAAAGGAAAUGUGCUUGAUUUUAACAAAAUGGGUACUGUGCUGAACACAAUAGUGACUCCCAUGUUGAAUCCUUUCAUAUACAGUCUUAGGAAUGACAAAGUGAAAGUUGGACUAAGAAGUGUC